UGGUCCUCGCAUCUUUCCCACACUAUCUCUUUCUCUCGUCUCUUCGAACACUUCAAGAAACACUUACCAGAUUCCUAAAAAAAAGAACAGAGCAAUUUCACUUCGUCUUCCUUCAUUUCUUCUCAACAACUCUCGUUUCUCUUUAGAAAUACAUCUUCAAUCUCUGACUUUCUCAAUUCAAGAUUUCUCGAUUUUUUUCGAGAAGAACACUCAAUCUCACUUCACCUCCUCUGUUCUGGAAAUCCCCUGUUUCUUUUACUCUGUUUCAUAGUUUUUAUAAAAAUGGUGAGCCAAAACGUCGUCGUAUCAGACGCAAAGACAGGGAUCAUAACUGUCUCUGCAGUGUCCAACUCCUCGGUCUUUACUCCUUCCGCUCAAAAGCCACCGACUGCUCCUGGUUACAUCUCAAUCUCCAAGAAAAAACUCCUCAAAAACCUUGAGAUCAAUGGAGCUCAAAGUCAAAGACUUACCUCUUGGGUUGACUCCAUGAGAGCUUCUUCUCCUACCCAUCUCAAAUCACUUCCUUCUCUCUCCGCACAAGAAGAACUCAAUUCUUGGAUCAAACGACAUCCAUCAGCACUAGACAUGUUCGAACGUAUCAUCGAAGCUGCAAGAGGGAAACAAAUCGUCAUGUUUCUUGAUUAUGACGGUACUCUUUCUCCAAUCGUCGAUGAUCCAGACAGAGCUUUCAUGUCUAGCAAGAUGAGAAGAACAGUGAAAAAAAUGGCUAAAUCUUUUCCAACUUCUAUAGUUACUGGUAGAUGCAUUGACAAGGUUUACAGCUUUGUGAAGCUAGCAGAACUGUAUUAUGCUGGAAGCCAUGGAAUGGACAUUAAGGGGCCAACUAAAGGUUUCUCAAGAUACAAUAAGGAUAAACCAUCUGUUCUAUACCAACCAGCCGGAGACUUUCUUCCCAUGAUCGAUGAGGUUUAUAAGCAAUUAGUGGAGAAAACCAAACCAACAGCAGGAGCCAAAGUGGAGAACAACAAGUUCUGUCUUUCUGUUCACUUCCGUUGUGUCGACGAGAAGAAAUGGAGCGAACUGGCUUUAAAAGUUCGGUCGGUGGUACAGAAAUAUCCGACGUUGAAACUCUCUCAAGGUCGAAAGGUGUUUGAAAUCCGACCUAUGGUUAAAUGGGACAAAGGCAAGGCUCUUGAGUUUUUGUUGGAGUCACUCGGAUUUGAAAACUCUAACGAAGUAUUUCCGAUUUACAUUGGGGAUGACAAAACCGAUGAAGAUGCAUUUAAGCUGCUACGAGAGAGAGAACAAGGCUUUGGCAUUCUUGUCUCCAAGUUCCCAAAAGACACCAGUGCGUCGUAUUCUUUGCAAGACCCACCUGAGGUAAUGGAUUUCUUGAGACGGUUGGUGGAGUGGAAACAAACGCAGCAAUAAACGUGGAAGGGGCAAUGAAGUACAUUUAGUAGUCUUUUAGUUAAAUAAAUAAUAAUCGUAACCAUAGGUGCAUAUAUAUAUAUAGAUAAUAUGUACAUCCCUAACCUAUGGAUGGAACAUUGUACAAGAUCCUCAUAUAGGUUGAUCUUGUUCAUCAUAAUUCUUUUCUUUUAGAAAAAGAGAUUAUAUGAACAAGAAAAACAGGGAACUUUUAUCAACUUGGGGAUAUAUAUUUAUAUAUUUUUAUAGCCAUCUAUCUUUAUUGCUUGAAGGCAAAUUUUUUACUUUUCAAGUUAGGCUAUUGUAAGGGAAGGGGGGUAUAUAUAUAGAUGAUACCUUUUGUAAAACUACAAUGCCAAAUGUGUAUCAUUUUUAUGAAAUAUAUAAUCAUAUUUUAGUU